GGCUCUGGGUAGCGGGACGCCCGACUACUGCUGGGCACUGCUCCCGGGGCAGGUCAUGAACGGGCCGGCGGACGGCGAAGUGGACUACAAGAAGAAAUACCGGAACCUGAAGCGGAAGCUCAAGUUCCUCAUCUACGAACACGAGUGCUUCCAGGAGGAGCUGAGGAAGGCGCAGAGGAAGUUGCUGAAGGUGUCCCGGGAUAAGAGUUUCCUCCUAGACCGACUUCUGCAGUACGAGAACGUGGAUGAAGAUUCUUCUGACUCAGACGCCACUGCGUCUUCAGAUAACAGCGAGACAGAGGGAACACCCAAGCUGUCGGACACGCCAGCCCCCAAGAGGAAGAGAAGCCCUCCGCUGGGGGGUGCCCCCUCCCCUUCCAGCCUCUCCCUGCCUCCUUCAACAGGGUUUCCCCUUCAGGCCUCCACGGCCCCCUCCCCGUACCUGAGCUCGCUGGCUUCCCCCCCCUACCCCCCAUUCCCUUCUGACUACCUGGCACUGCAGCUGCCCGAGCCCAGCCCCCUGAGGCCCAAGCGGGAGAAACGGCCCCGCCUGCCCCGGAAACUCAAGAUGGCGGUGGGACCCCCCGACUGCCCUGUGGGAGGGCCGCUGACCUUCCCGGGCCGGGGUUCUGGGGCCGGGGUGGGGGCAGCCCUGGCCCCACUGCCCCCACCCAAGAUGCCUCCCCCCACGAUCCUGAGCGCCGUCCCUCGGCAGAUGUUCAGCGACGCGGGCAGCGGGGACGAUGCCCUGGACGGGGAUGAUGACCUGGUGAUCGACAUCCCGGAGUGACCCCCUCUGUGGCCGAGCCCCCGCCCCAUGCCCAACGCCAGCACACACGAGCCCCCAGCUUCCGCAGAGACGUUUAUUGACGCCCAGUUGCCAUGCGGCGGCCACUGACACAAUCAGAAGAGGCGUAAACAUGCACGAAUGUCCCCUGGGAGGUGGGUCCCCAGGGGGAGGGCAGAGGCCCUGCCCUCCCAUCUCGGCCCCAUCCAGGGGACAGUUCUUUAAAUGAGUGGCCGGGAGCAUCUGCCACCUCUGGGAGAGGCAGAGAGCCUGCGGGGGCCCCCCAUUUAAAAGGGCAGCUGUACAGGGCUAGGUUGGUUGGUUGGUUGGUUUUUAACGAAGAUUCUGUAUUAAAGGAGUGGCUCUUUUUUUGUUUUUUUUU